ACUGCCGGUGGGCCGAGUCCGAGUCGAGCCAGUCAGCCAGUCAGUCUCAGCAGAGCUCAGGUCUCAGCCCCAGUCGGCCAGUCCAGUGAGUCGAUUCCGUGGUUUGGCGUCGUGAAAAGUGUCGAGGCCGCGAGUGAAAAGACUGAUCUGCGCUCCGCCACGACACGUGCGGAUCACCCUGUCUUCUGAACUGCUCAAGCCCUAGUGCAGAGCCGGUUCGCACGCCUUCGUCCAGGCCGCCGCGUCCAAGAUGUACCUGUUGCUGCUCGCCUGCCUUGCGGCGGCCGUGUCCGCUCCCGCUGAGGCCGCCAACCCAGUGACUGUCACUGUCUACUAUGAAUCGCUGUGCCCUGACAGCAUCAAGUUCUACAUCAACCAGCUGUUUCCCACAAUGGAAAUUGCCAACUUGUCUAUGAAUGUUGAUCUUCAGUUGAUUCCCUAUGGCAAGUCAAAGCAUGAGAAGACAUCAACUGGAUGGAAUUUUACAUGUCAUCAUGGAGAGAGAGAAUGCUAUGGCAAUAAAGUUCAUGCUUGUGCACUGAAAAAAAUGGCCAGCAAAAAUGAACGCCUUACAUACCUUAACUGCCUAAUGAAGUCCAUGCUAGAAGACAGGAAAAUUGUAUUCCCUGCUGAAAAGUGCGCCGAUCAGUUCAACAUUGGAGAAAAGAACGAAAUAAUUCAGUGCGCUAACAGCACCAUGGCAGAUGACCUCCUGGCAGAUAUGGGAAAUAAAACAGAAAUGUUGCAGCCUCCUCUCAAGAGUGUGCCUACAGUUGUUUUCAACAACAAAUAUGAUGAAAAUGAUUUUAAAGAAGCUCAAACCAACUUUAAGGGAGUUCUCUGCAAAUACAUCUCCUCACCAAAACCAGCUGAGUGCUCUGGGACAAGUGGAUCCACUUCACUAACUGGAUCAUUUUUCCUGCUGUUAACAACUUUCAUUGUAUUUGUCAGUCAACAUCAAUAAUUAUAAGAAAUUUUACAUUGAAAUUGAAGAAAUUUUUGGGUUUUCCUGUACUACUGCACAAGUGUUGCAAAGUUUGUACAUAAUGUAAAGAGUCAUACCUGACAUUGUCUCACAAUUUUUCAGCUCAUGCAACCUGUAUAGUUUCAAUAUUUUAUUUUGAAAGAAAAAUAUAUAAAUGUUCUAGUUUUAGAUAA